ACACAAGCCCACCCCUUCUCUUUCUCUUCUUUGCUUUGGGGUUUCGCCUCUCUCUCUCUCUCUCUCUCUCUCUCUCUCUCCCCUCCUCUGUCACAAUCUCUCGCCUUCUUUUUUUUUUCCUUUUCCUCCCUCUCUCCAGUGUUCACUCGGAUGUGUAUGUAUCCAUCGUUUCUCUAUCUAUCCUCUUUCAGUAGUAGUUGAAAGUAGAGAAGUCGAGGCGUGAUGGCAACGAUAAGAUCGAGCUUGCCUUCAAGGCUUCGGCAACUUCUGUCUGGUGAAAGCGUUAUUGGCCCUUCUAUAAAACUCGACUCUGAACCACCUCCUAAAAUUAAAGCAUUCAUUGACAAGGUGAUCCAGAGUCCAUUGCAAGAUAUAGCAAUACCCCUUUCUGGCUUUCGCUGGGAGUACAGCAAGGGGAAUUUUCACCACUGGAGGCCAUUAUUUCUGCAUUUUGAUACUUACUUCAAGACAUACUUGUCUACUAGGAGUGACCUUGUUUUGUCAGAUGAAAUUUCAGAAACUGAUAGUCCAUUCCCAAAGCAUGCAGUUCUACAAAUAUUACGGGUGAUGCAAACAAUUUUAGAGAAUUGCCAUAACAAAAAUUCAUUCGAUGGCUUAGAGCAUUUCAAGCUCCUACUUGCAUCAACAGAUCCUGAGGUGCUUAUAGCUGCAUUGGAGACACUUUCAGCCCUUGUGAAAAUCAAUCCUUCUAAACUGCAUGGGAGUGGGAAGUUGGUUGGAUGUGGCUCAGUAAACAGCUAUCUUCUGUCCCUUGCACAGGGCUGGGGAAGUAAGGAGGAAGGAUUGGGCUUGUAUUCUUGUGUUAUGGCAAAUGAGAGAAGUCAGGAGGAAGGGUUAUGUUUGUUCCCAUCUGAGGUGGAAAAUGAUAAUGACAAGUCUCAGUCCCGUAUUGGUUCUACUCUGUAUUUUGAAUUGCAUGGUCUCAAUGCUGAAAGUAGUAGGGAUAGUAGUGGCAGUAUGAGUUCUUCUAGUUUGAGAGUUAUACACAUGCCAGAUCUGCAUUUGCGGAAGGAAGAUGAUCUGUUGCUGAUGAAAAAGUGCAUUGAGGAGUACAAUGUUCCUCCUGACCUUCGAUUUUCAUUGCUAACCAGAAUUAGAUAUGCUCGGGCUUUUCGUUCUCCCAGAAUAUGCAGGCUAUACAGCAGGAUUUGCCUUCUCGCGUUCAUUGUGCUUGUUCAGUCUAGUGAUGCUAAUGAUGAACUUACAUCCUUUUUUGCUAAUGAGCCUGAGUAUACAAAUGAACUAAUUAGGAUUGUGCGAUCAGAGGAAAGUGUUCCUGGAACCAUUAGAACUCUUUCAAUGCUUGCCCUAGGAGCUCAGUUAGCUGCAUAUUCUGCAUCUCAUGAGCGGGCACGGAUUUUGAGUGGAUCUAGUAUCAGUUUUGCUGUGGGAAAUCGCAUGAUUCUCCUGAAUGUGCUUCAGAGGGCUGUUUUAUCUUUGAAGAACUCCAAUGAUCCAUCUUCUCUAGCCUUUGUUGAAGCACUUCUUCAGUUUUAUUUGCUUCAUAUUGUUUCAUCAUCGGCUUCAGGGAGUAAUGUUAGGGGGUCAGGAAUGGUUCCUACAUUUUUACCUCUGUUGGAAGAUUCAGAUCCCAAUCAUAUGCACCUUGUCUAUUUGGCUGUCAAAGCCCUACAAAAGCUCAUGGAUUACAGUAGUUCGGCUGUGUCACUGCUUAGGGAAUUAGGGGGAGUAGAGCUUUUGGCACAAAGGUUACUGAUAGAAGUACAUAGAAUUACUGGUUUGGUGGGGGAAAAUGAUAAUUCAAUGAUCCGUGGUGAAUGCUCCAAAUAUAAUGAUGAUCAUAUCUACUCUCAGAAGAGGCUAAUCAAGGUUCUUUUGAAGGCACUUGGAUCUGCUACAUAUGCUCCCUCAAACAAUACGAGAUCCCUAAAUUCCCAUGAUAGUUCUUUACCUUCUACUUUGUCACUGAUAUAUGGGAAUGCUGAUAAAUUUGGGGGUGAUAUUUAUUACUCAGCUGUGACUGUUAUGAGUGAAAUUAUCCACAAGGACCCAACUUGUUUCCCUGCUUUGCAUGAAAUGGGUCUUCCGGAUGCAUUUUUAUCUUCAGUGGUUGCUGGACCACUUCCUUCUUCUAAGGCUCUUACGAGUGUUCCAAAUGGUCUUGGUGCUAUAUGUCUUAAUGCCAAAGGCUUAGAAGCAGUAAAAGAAACUUCAGCUUUACGGUUUCUUGUUGACAUCUUCACCAGCAAGAAGUAUGUUUUAGCAAUGAAUGAAGCCAUUGUUCCUUUGGCAAAUGCUGUUGAAGAGCUUUUGCGGCAUGUAUCUUCACUGAGAGGCACUGGUGUAGAUAUAAUUAUUGAGAUUGUUGAUAGAAUUGCUUCCUUUGGGGAUAAUAGUUCUGCAGGGCCAUCAGGGAAGGUUGGUGGGAAUACUGAAAUGGAAAUGGAUUCCGAAGUGAAGGAAAAUGAUGAGCAUUGUUUGGUUGGUGCAGUUGAUUUAUCUGCAGAAGGCAUCAGUAAUGAGCAGUUCGUUCAACUGUGCAUCUUUCAUUUGAUGGUUCUGCUUCACAGGACAAUGGAAAAUUCAGAAACAUGUCGUUUAUUCGUGGAGAAGUCUGGAAUUGAAGCUUUACUGAAGCUUCUGUUGCAACCGAGUAUUGUCCAGUCAUCUGAAGGGAUGUCUAUUGCUUUGCAUAGCACAAUGGUUUUCAAGGGUUUUACUCAACACCAUUCUGCACCUCUAGCACGUGCAUUCUGUCUUUCUCUUAGGGAACAUCUAAAGCAAGCUUUGACUGGGUUUGGUGUGAGUUCAGGUUCCUUUUUGCUGGACCCUAGGGCAACACCAGAUAGUGGGAUCUUUUCUUCACUUUUCCUUGUUGAGUUCCUUCUGCUUCUUGCUGCAUCAAAGGACAAUCGCUGGGUAACUGCACUUCUUACAGAAUUUGGAAAUGGUAGCAAAGAUGUUCUGGAGGAUAUAGGUCGUGUACAUCGUGAAGUGCUUUGGCAGAUUGCUUUGCUUGAAGAUGCAAAACUGGAAGAUGAUGGUACUGGUUCUGCGGCUGAGGUGCAGCAGUCUGAGCUGAGUACAAAUGAAACCGAAGAACAACGAUUUAAUUCUUUCAGGCAGUUCCUUGAUCCAUUAUUGAGGAGGAGGACAUCAGGCUGGAGUAUUGAAUCCCAGGUUUUUGACCUCAUAAACCUUUACCGUGACCUUGGACGUGCGACUGGGUUUCCGCAACGGUUGAGCAUUGAUGGUCUUUCAAAUCGCUUUGGAUCGAAUAGUCAACAACAUCAUUCUGAAUCUUCAGAUGCUUCUGGGGCUUUAAGUAAAAAGGAAUAUGACAAGCAGAGAUCCUAUUAUACUUCUUGCUGUGACACAGUGAGAUCACUUUCUUUUCACAUUAUGCAUUUGUUUCAAGAGUUGGGGAAGGCAAUGUUACUUCCUUCUCGUCGACGGGACGAUACUGUGAAUGUUUCCCCUUCUUCUAAAGUUGUGGCUAGUACUUUUGCUUCUAUUGCUCUGGAUCACAUGAAUUUUGGUGGUCAUGCAAGUCCUUCUGGUUCAGAGGCAUCAAUAUCAACCAAAUGUCGCUACUUUGGCAAGGUUAUUGAUUUUAUUGAUGGCAUUCUACUGGACAGGCCUGAUUCUUGUAAUCCAAUAUUGUUAAACUGCUUAUAUGGACAUGGAGUUGUUCAAUCAGUUUUGACGACAUUUGAAGCUACCAGUCAAUUGCUCUUUGCAGUUAAUAGGGCCCCUGCAUCUCCCAUGGAGACUGAUGAUGGGAAUGUAAAACAGGAUAUUAAGGAAGAUGCUGAUCAUUCAUGGAUUUAUGGUCCCUUAGCUAGUUAUGGUAAACUUAUGGACCACUUGGCGACGUCAUCAUUUAUUUUAUCUCCAUUUACAAAGCACCUGCUUGCACAGCCUUUGGCAAAUGGGGUUUCACCUUUUCCGCGAGAUGCUGAGAUGUUUGUUAAAGUCCUCCAGUCUAUGUUGCUGAAGGCUGUACUUCCUGUUUGGACUCACUCUCAGUUGUCUGAUUGCAGUAAUGAUUUCAUCAGUACAGUCAUUUCUAUUAUUAGGCAUGUUUACUCAGGGGUGGAAGUGAAGAAUCUCAAUAGCAACACCAGCACUCGCAUUACUGGUCCUCCUCCAAAUGAAACAGCUAUUUCAACCAUUGUUGAGAUGGGGUUUUCCAGGUCUAGAGCAGAGGAGGCUCUAAGGCAAGUUGGAUCAAAUAGUGUGGAACUGGCAAUGGAGUGGUUGUUCUCCCACCCCGAGGAGACCCAAGAAGAUGAUGAACUUGCCCGUGCACUUGCCAUGUCUUUGGGGAACUCAGAAUCAGACACAAAGGAGAAUGAUGCAAAUGCCAAUCCUCAGCAGCUUGAAGAAGAGAUGAUCCAACUUCCUCCGGUUGACGAGUUGUUAUCAACAUGUAUAAAACUUUUGCAAGUGAAGGAGCCUCUUGCCUUCCCUGUUCGUGACCUUCUUGUGUUGAUUUGCUCACAAAGUGAUGGCCAGUACAGGUCUAGUGUCAUCUCAUUUAUUCUUGACCAAGUGAAAGAUCAAAAUCUUACUUCUGAUGGCAAGAAUUUUACCAUGUUAUCUGCUCUUUUUCAUGUACUGGCCUUGAUUCUCCAUGAAGAUGCAAUGGCACGAGAAAUUGCCCUAAAGAAUGGUCUGGUUAAAAUUGUUUCUGAUUUACUUUCACAAUGGGAUUCUGGUCUGGUGGACAAAGAGAAGAAUCAGGUUCCCAAGUGGGUGACAACAGCAUUUCUUGCAGUUGAUCGCUUACUACAGGUGGAUCAAAAACUGAAUUCUGAGAUUGUUGAGAGGUUAAAAAGGGAUGAUGAGAACAACAGUCAGCAAACCUCAAUCACAAUAGAUGAGGAAAAGCAAAACAGAUUCCAAUCUGCACUAGGACCUGAGCUAGUCCAGCCUGAAGAGCAGAAGAGACUUAUUCAGAUUGCUUGCCAUUGUAUCAAGAACCAGCUUCCAUCUGAGACUAUGCAUGCUGUUCUGCAGUUGUCCACUACUCUCACUAGAACUCAUUAUAUUGCUGUUUGUUUUCUUGAAUCUGAGGGUGUAAGCUCACUGUUGAAUUUGCCAACUAGUAGCCUUUUCCCUGGUUUUGACAAUAUUGCUGCUACUAUCAUCCGUCAUGUCCUUGAAGAUCCCCAAACCCUUCAGCAAGCAAUGGAAUCUGAGAUAAAGCACAGCCUCGUGGCUGCUGCUAACAGACAUUCCAAUGGAAGAGUCACUCCACGUAAUUUCCUUUUAAAUUUAAGUUCUGUCAUUUCUCGAGAUCCAGUGAUAUUUAUGCAGGCUGCUCAAUCUGUUUGCCAAGUUGAGAUGGUAGGUGAAAGGCCUUAUGUUGUGUUGCUGAAGGAUCGUGAGAAAGAGAAAAGCAAAGAGAAAGAAAAAGCAUUUGAAAAAGAUAAAUUGCAAAUUGCUGAUGGGAAGGCUAAUUUGGGCAAUGUGAAUGCGGGCAGUGUGCAUGGCAAACUUCAUGAUUCAAAUUGCAAGACUGCCAAAGCACACCGAAAAUCUCCCCAGAGCUUUAUAACUGUGAUUGAGCUUCUUUUGGAUGUAGUAAGUAGUUUUAUACCUCCCUCAAGAGAUGAUGCAGUGGAAGAUGUGCCACAUGAUAAGCCAUCUUCAAGUGACAUGGAUGUUGAUGUUGCUGCAAUUAAGGGAAAAGGAAAAGCCAUAGCCACUGUUUCUGAAGAGAAUGAAGCUGGUAGCCAGGAAGCUUCGGCAGUUCUUGCAAAGGUUGUAUUUAUCCUGAAGCUUUCGACAGAAAUUGUGCUACUGUAUUCUUCAUCUGUUCAUGUGCUGCUGAGAAGAGAUGCUGAAUUUAGUAGCUGUAGAGGGCCUCAUCAAAAGGGUUCUACUGGUUUGUGCACCGGAGGAAUAUUUCAUCACAUUCUCCACAAGUUUAUUCCUUGUUCUCGAAAUUUCAAGAAGGAAAAGAAAUUGGAUGGUGACUGGAGGCAUAAACUGGCGACCAGGGCUAGCCAACUUUUGGUUGCUUGCUGUGUUCGCUCAACCGAGGCAAGGAAGAGGAUUUUCGCAGAGAUAAGCUAUAUUUUCAGUGAUUUUGAUUCUUGCAAUGGUCCUAGGGCACCAACAAAUGAUAUACAAACAUAUGUUGAUCUUCUCAAUGAUGUACUGGCUGCCCGAACGCCUACCGGUUCAUACAUCUCACCGGAAGCUGCCGCCAGUUUUGUAGAUGUUGGUCUUGUUAGGUCCUUGACCCGAACUCUUGAAGUGUUGGAUCUGGAUCAUGCAGACUCGCCUAAACUUGUAACUGGCCUCAUUAAAGCUCUAGAGUUGGUGACUAAAGAACAUGUCAACACAGCAGAUUCUAAUACUGGGAAGAGUGAUAAUUCGACAAAACAUACUCAGAGCCAAUCAGGAAGAGCUGAGAAUAUGGUUGACAUAUCCCAGGCCACAGAAAUUGUGCCCCAAUCCAACCAUGAUUCUGCAGCUGCUGGCCAUGUUGAAUCAUUUAAUGCUGUCCAAAACUUUGGUCGAUCUGAAGCUGUUGCAGAUGAAAUGGAACAUGACCAAGAUAUUGAUGGUGGUUUUGCCCCUGCAACUGAGGAUGAUUAUAUGCAGGAAACAUCUGAGGAUAUGAGGGGUCUUGAAAAUGGCAUGGACACUGUUGGGAUACGAUUUGAGAUCCAGCCUCAUGGGCAAGAAACUCUUGAUGAAGAUGAAGAUGAGGAGAUGUCUGGAGAUGAUGGAGAUGAGGUAGAUGAGGAUGAGGAUGAUGAUGAUGACGACGAUGAAGAUGAUGAGGAGCAUAAUGAUCUGGAAGAGGAUGAAGUCCAUCACUUGCCACAUCCUGAUACUGACCAAGAUGAUCAUGAUAUUGAUGAUGAUGAGUUUGAUGAGGAAUUGUUGGAGGAAGAUGAUGAAGAUGAGGAGGAAGAUGAGGAUGGGGUUAUACUUAGGCUGGAGGAGGGUAUAAACGGGAUAAAUGUUUUUGAUCAUAUUGAAGUUUUUGGUAGAGACCAUAGUUUCCCCAAUGAAACUCUCCAUGUGAUGCCUGUUGAAGUUUUUGGUUCUAGACGUCAGGGGCGAACUACAUCCAUUUAUAGUCUUCUGGGUAGAAGCAGUGACAAUGCUGCACCCUCACGUCAUCCCCUUUUAGUUGGACCAGCUUCAUCACAUUCAGCCUCUGCCAGGCAAUCUGAGAAUGCUCGUGAUAUGGUCUUUUCAGAUAGAAACUUGGAGAACACCUCAUCUCAGUUGGAUACUAUUUUUCGUUCAUUGAGAAAUGGGCGUCAUGGACACCACCGCUUAAACUUAUGGAGUGAUGAUAACCAGCAAAAUGGGGGAUCUACUGCAUCAGUACCCCAAGGCCUUGAGGAAUUGCUUGUUUCUCAGUUGAGGCGACCAGCUCCUGAGAAGUCUUUGGAUCAGAGUGCUUCAAUGACAGAACCGAAAAGUAAUGGUGAGGUUGGUCAGUUACCUGGACAAGAUGCAGCACAGCCCGGUACUAUUGUUGAAAAUAAUGUGAAUAAUGAGAGCAGCAAUGUGCCUCCUCCCUCUUCUGUUGCAGAGGCAAGAUCCAGCAAUACUGAGAUGAGACCAGUCACUAGUGAUUCUCAGUCGCAAUCUGUUGAAAUGCAGUUUGAACAGAAUGAUGCUGUUGUGCGUGAUGUUGAAGCAGUAAGCCAAGAAAGUAGUGGAAGUGGGGCAACUUUAGGGGAAAGCCUUCGGAGCCUAGAUGUUGAAAUUGGAAGUGCAGAUGGCCAUGAUGAUGGUGGAGAAAGGCAAGGUUCAGCAGAUAGAAUGCAUUUGGAUCCGCAGGCAACUAGGACAAGAAGAACCAAUGUGUCCUUUGGGAAUUCAACAACUGUCAGUGGAAGAGAUGCAUCUCUUCAUAGUGUUACUGAAGUUUCGGAAAAUUCUAGCAGAGAAGCAGAUCAAGAUGGUCCAGCUGUGGAGCAGCAGAUUGGUGGUGAGGCUGGCUCUGGAUCAAUUGAUCCAGCAUUCUUGGAUGCACUUCCUGAAGAGUUGCGAGCCGAAGUUCUUUCUGCCCAACAGGGUCAAGUGCCGCAACCUUCAAAUGCUGAGCAACAGAACACUGGUGAUAUUGAUCCAGAGUUCCUUGCGGCCCUUCCUCCAGAUAUCCGAGCAGAAGUUUUGGCACAACAACAGGCACAAAGGCUUCAUCAAUCUCAUGAACUGGAAGGUCAACCGGUUGAAAUGGAUACAGUUUCUAUUAUUGCAACAUUUCCUUCAGAUUUGCGCGAAGAGGUUCUCCUAACUUCAUCUGAUGCUAUUCUUGCCAAUCUCACUCCUGCUCUUGUUGCGGAGGCUAACAUGUUGCGAGAAAGAUUUGCACAUCGUUAUCAUAAUCGAACGCUUUUUGGUAUGUAUCCUAGAAGUCGCAGGGGUGAGUCCUCUCGGCGGGGUGAAGGUAUUGGAUACAGCCUGGAGAGAGCUGGGGCCGGUAUACGCAGGUCUGUCAAUGCUAAGCUUGUUGAAGCUGAUGGAACUCCUUUGGUGGAGACAGAAUCUCUCCGAGCUAUGAUACGAGUGCUCCGCAUUGUUCAGCCACUAUAUAAAGGUCCUCUGCAAAGGCUUCUCUUGAAUUUAUGUGCACAUGGUGAAACUCGAAUUGCUUUGGUGAAAAUCUUGAUGGACAUGUUGAUGCUGGAUACAAGAAAGCCUGCCAACUAUUUAAAUGCUGCUGAGCCAUCGUAUCGGCUCUAUGCUUGCCAGAGCAACGUGAUGUAUUCUCGACCACAAUCUUUUGAUGGGGUCCCACCUUUAGUAUCUCGGCGUAUACUGGAGACACUGACUUACUUGGCUCGGAAUCAUCCCUUUGUGGCAAAAAUUUUGCUGCAGUUUAGGCUCCCUCUCCCGGCAUUACAGCAGCCUGGGUAUUCUGAUCAGUCACGUGGCAAAGCUGUGAUGAUGGUGGAAGAGUAUGAAACAUAUAGAAAGCAGUAUCAAGGAGGAUAUGUAUCCAUUGCGUUGCUUUUAAGUCUCUUGAACCAACCUCUUUAUUCGAGGAGUGUAGCACAUCUUGAGCAGCUGCUCAACUUGCUGGAGGUAAUCAUUGACAGCGCUGAAUGCAAGCCAAGUUUUUCUGGGACUGGUAUCGAAGAACCAGCUGCUCCCCGAAUUUCAUCACCUGAUGCUAAAAUAAAUACGGAAGUUGGCAGCACUUCUGCUGGGCUUAAUGUUUCAUCAUCUGCUGAUGUUGAUUCCUCCAAAUCCACAACUUCUGUUGCAAAUAACGAAUGUGAUACUCAAAGUGUGCUACUGAACCUGCCACAAGUGGAACUUCGACUUCUGUGCUCAUUCCUUGCACGGGAAGGUCUGUCAGAUAAUGCAUAUACUCUUGUGGCUGAGGUAAUGAAGAAGCUUGUGGCAAUUGCACCAACUCAUUGUCAUCUGUUUAUUACUGAGCUGGCUGAUGCUGUACAAAACCUAACGAAAUCUGCUAUGGAUGAACUACACCUGUUUGGUGAAGAAGUAAAAGCACUUCUUAGGACAACAUCGUCUGAUGGAGCUGCAAUUUUAAGGGUUCUGCAGGCAUUAAGCUCACUUAUUGCCUCAUUAGUUGAGAAAGAGAAGGACCAGCAGCAGAUUCGUCCAGAGAAGGAGCACAGUGUUGCUCUUUCUCAGUUGUGUGACAUCAAUGCGGCUUUAGAGCCUUUGUGGCUGGAGUUGAGCACUUGCAUAAGCAAAAUUGAGAGCUACUCGGAUGCUGUACCUGAUUUGCUACUUCCAAAAACUUCCGCAUCAAAACCAUCUGGAGUAACACCUCCACUCCCUGCUGGAUCUCAGAAUAUCUUACCCUACAUUGAAUCCUUCUUUGUAAUGUGUGAAAAGUUACUUCCUGCACAGCCAGGUUCCAGUCAUGACUAUGUUGCAGUUUCUGAAGUUGAAGAUGUGAGUUCAUCUGCUGCCCAGCAGAAAACCUCAGGCCCUGUCUUGAAAGUCGAUGAAAAACACAUUGCUUUUGUGAAAUUUUCUGAGAAACACAGAAAACUCCUUAAUGCUUUCAUCCGCCAAAAUCCUGGGUUGCUUGAGAAGUCAUUUUCACUCAUGCUGAAGGUUCCCCGAUUCGUUGAUUUUGAUAAUAAACGGUCUCACUUUAGAUCAAAAAUUAAACAUCAGCAUGAUCAUCAUCAAAGUCCCCUGAGAAUUUCUGUGAGAAGAGCUUACAUUCUUGAAGAUUCAUAUAACCAACUGCGCAUGAGGUCAACCCAAGAUUUGAAAGGGAGGUUGACUGUCCACUUCCAAGGAGAGGAAGGUAUUGAUGCAGGCGGACUUACAAGGGAAUGGUAUCAAUUAUUGUCCAGGGUUAUUUUUGACAAGGGUGCACUACUUUUCACAACAGUGGGCAAUGAAUCUACAUUUCAGCCUAACCCCAACUCUGUUUACCAGACGGAACAUUUGUCAUACUUCAAAUUUGUUGGGAGAGUUGUGGGGAAAGCACUUUUUGAUGGGCAACUCUUGGAUGUUCAUUUCACUCGGUCUUUCUACAAGCAUAUUUUAGGAGUUAAAGUUACAUAUCAUGACAUUGAAGCUAUUGAUCCGGAUUACUUUAAAAACCUUAAAUGGAUGCUUGAGAAUGAUAUCAGUGAUUGUCUGGACCUUACUUUCAGUAUUGAUGCUGAUGAGGAGAAGCUUAUACUGUAUGAACGGACAGAGGUAACAGAUCAUGAACUGAUUCCUGGUGGACGCAACAUUAAAGUCACUGAGGAGAAUAAGCACCAAUAUGUUGAUUUAGUCACUGAGCAUCGGUUGACAACGGCUAUUCGUCCUCAAAUAAAUGCCUUUUUGGAUGGAUUCACGGAAUUAAUUCCAAGGGAGUUGAUAUCUAUUUUUAAUGACAAGGAAUUAGAAUUGUUGAUAAGUGGUCUUCCAGACAUUGAUUUGGAUGACAUGAGGGCAAACACCGAGUAUUCCGGCUACAGUGCUGCAUCCCCUGUUAUCCAAUGGUUUUGGGAGGUGGUUCAAGGGUUCAGCAAGGAGGAUAAGGCUCGUCUUCUGCAGUUUGUGACAGGCACCUCCAAGGUGCCUUUAGAAGGCUUCAGUGCACUUCAAGGGAUAUCAGGUUCUCAAAAGUUCCAAAUACACAAGGCAUAUGGAAGCCCUGAUCACUUGCCUUCCGCUCAUACUUGUUUCAAUCAGUUGGAUUUACCAGAGUAUCCUUCAAAACAACAUCUAGAGGAGAGGUUGCUGCUUGCGAUUCAUGAAGCCAAUGAAGGGUUUGGUUUCGGUUGAUUUUGACAAUCAAGGGAUAGCUUGUGUAGAUAACAAAAAUAUUAUACGUCACAGGGGCUUCCUUGCUAUCAGAUGAUGAGUUGUUAAUAUAUUGUACAGUCCAAUAUUGGAUAUGGGAAAUGCUUCUUCUGGCAGUUUUUAAAUUUGCCAACCAUUGUUUUUCUUUUUUCU